UUGCUUUUCGGCCAAAUUAACAAAAGUGUAGCAACUGAAACAAAGGAGAGGGUCUUUUUCUCCACCCUGAUAUGCUGUGCUGGGAGCAGUGUGUUUGGUUGGGUGCUCUCCACUUCUUUGAUUUUAAUUGAGAGUAUCUCAGAAGAAAGGGCAGCUGGAGACAGCCCUCUCUUAACACAAAGAGUUGAGUGUUUUAUAUUCAUCUGACAAGUGACUCGGUGAACUUUGAUUUAACUGUGGCUUUCACAAACUCAGAGGGAAAGGAAAUAAAGUCCAGGACAGGGAAAUACUUUUGCUAAACCCAGAGGCUCUGCAUCUGAAUUCAGCUCAGUGUUUCCUACCUAGGCAACCAGCUGCUUUCUGCUGCUGGGAUCCGGAAGGGGAAAUGAGUUCCCUGAAGUGGGCCAAAGCGGGGAAAUGCUAACCGCACAACGUGAGAGCAAGGGCUCUCUUGAUUGCCCUGAAAGGGUUCCCAUUGCUGUUCCAGACGGAACUGAUGCAGUUAAGCCCGAAUUUCCUGGCAAGCGCAGGGAUAGGUUUUUCCAAAAGGCAUUUCAGACCACGAAUGCACAGCUUUUCUGUGUCUAAUCACGAAAGCAAAGCACUAGACACAUACUCUCUGUUUCCAGCUGGUUGUGUGUGUUUUCUUCGCACUUUAACAAAAAACGUGCCAAGGUGUGACAUUUAUGAACCCCGCCAACUGCGAGCCGUGCACACAAAUCCACCCUGCCUGUGGUGUGGGAAAGUGAUGAAUGGGGGCUGUUCUGCCUGGGGGGAGGGCUGCUGUCACUCUGGCGAGCCUGCAGCCUUAUUUAUUACACUCCAAAGUAUAAAACCACCCAGCCGCUGCAGCUCUUGUCUCAGCCCUGGCAUUUGCCGGAGGAGACCACGUUCCUGGGGCCGGCGGGCUGUCUUCUCCUGGAGGCUCUGUGGCCCAGAGGAGAACCAUGCUGGGGAGGCAGCUCAUCCAUUGGCACAUGCUGGCUUUGUUUUUCCUCCCAUUUUGCCUGUGUCAAGAUGAAUACAUGGAGGUGAGCGGAAGAGCUAAUAACGUGGUGGCCAGAAUAGUGCAAAGCCACCAGCAGACUGGCCGUAGCGGCUCCAGGAGGGAGAAAGUGAGAGAGCGGAGCCAUCCUAAAACUGGGACUGUGGAUAAUAACACUUCUGCAGACCUAAAAUCCCUGAGACCAGAUGAGCUACCGCACCCCGAGGUAGAUGACCUAGCCCAGAUCACCCCAUUCUGGGGCCAGUCUCCACCAACUGGAGGGCUGCCCCCAGACUGCAGCAAGUGUUGUCAUGGAGACUACAGCUUCCGAGGCUACCAAGGUCCCCCUGGGCCCCCAGGCCCUCCUGGCAUUCCAGGAAACCACGGAAACAAUGGCAAUAAUGGAGCCACUGGACAUGAAGGGGCCAAAGGUGAGAAAGGUGACAAAGGUGACCUGGGGCCUCGAGGGGAGCGGGGGCAUCACGGCCCCAAAGGAGAGAAGGGCUACCCGGGCAUUCCACCAGAACUCCAGAUUGCAUUCAUGGCAUCUCUGGCAACUCACUUCAGCAAUCAGAACAGUGGGAUCAUCUUUAGCAGUGUUGAAACCAACAUUGGAAACUUCUUCGAUGUCAUGACUGGUCGUUUCGGGGCCCCAGUAUCAGGGGUGUAUUUCUUCACCUUCAGCAUGAUGAAGCAUGAGGAUGUUGAAGAAGUGUACGUGUACCUUAUGCACAAUGGCAACACAGUCUUCAGCAUGUACAGUUAUGAAACAAAGGGGAAGUCAGAUACAUCCAGCAACCAUGCUGUACUGAAGCUAGCCAAAGGAGAUGAAGUUUGGCUGAGAAUGGGCAAUGGCGCUCUCCAUGGGGACCACCAGCGCUUCUCCACAUUUGCAGGCUUCCUGCUCUUUGAAACUAAGUAAAUGUAGGAGGAGAAUAGCUCCACUUUGGGGAAGACUUGUAGCUGAGCUGGUAUAGUUAUGAUCUGAGGAACAUUAAUUAAAGGUGAGGGGGUUACAUGCUGUUUUUAAAACAAGUAUUAGUUACAUUGAUAGCCAUGCUACAGGUAUAUCAAUAAUGUUGGACGACUCAGGGGCUCCGAAGAAUAAACCACAAAACAGUCUUCCCAGAUGACCUUGACUAAUAUACUCAGUAUCUUCAUCAUGCUUCCCUAGACAUCUGAGAGAGAAUUCUCCUGUGACACAGUUUGUAGAUAAUUGUUCCCAUCAGGGAAGUCAUUUGCCAAGAGUUUUGGCUGCUUUGUUUUUAAUUUAAUACCAGCUUUCAGGACCCCCUGAAGUUUUAAGUUCUUCAUUCUUUAUAACCCUUUGGAGAAGGGGGUGCAGUGAUCAUGAGGGACUGGGAUGAGAACAGGUGCACUUGCCUGGACCUAGGCACCAGAAAUAUUUGUAAAGCUUAAACUGGGAAAUAACUUUGAUCCAGUGGGUCAAUAUUCAUAAAUAAAACAGAUUUUUUUCUUUC